GUUGGCCUCUACAAACUGCAGCCUCCGUUGGAGAGGGGCUGGCUUGCUGCACUGUGGGGAAGGGGGCAGCAGGGCUGCGUCUGCCGGGUGGGAGUGAGCCAGCCUGGGAUCGUCUAGGGAGGGCUGUGGGGUGGUGCUUGACGAUAAAAAUGGUAAUACUGGAUGGAUCAUCUGGUGUGUCUGAUUGGGAUGGGUGAGGGUGUAGAAUGCUAGGUGUGCCAUGCGUGAUGGCGGCAAAAGGCGGUUGCACUUGGGGUCUAUGGCUGUGUGUGUGAGGAGCUCAGUGAUGGUGUAUGGACGGGCCUGUGGUAUGAGUCGGUGUGUGGGGCUUGUGUGUUUGUUUGGCGUUGAUGUGGAACUGAAGUCUGUGUUUCUGUGGUUUGGUGUUUUGGUGACGGGUUUGACAUGUGCAGUAGUGUUCAUCUGUGAUGCAAUGAGGGCCUUAGGGUCUGUUUGUGUCUGUGGUGUGAUGGAAGGUGGAACGUCAUUUGUGUAUAUCUGCCCGUCAAGUCUGAAUGCGCUGGAGGGAAUGUGCUCUGUGUGUGAAUGUAGCUGAGGCUCAGACCCAGGUUUUAGGUUUGUGACAAAGUGUCCCUGCUUUUCUCCUUCUUUGUUUGUCUCCUUUUCAGUGAUGCAUUUUGGGAGGUUAGUGACCUGUGAUGCAUUGGACAUUCUAGAGUGCCUUUCCUCAUGUGUCUGUGAUACGAUGACAGGAUUACAGUGUGUGUUUCUGUUGGAGACAGUCAGUAGUUUUGGAUAUACAUUUGCGUGCAUUAUUGGUUCAACGACAAAUCGUUUAUGAGUGUUUGUGUGAUAGGCAGUGGUUUGUUCAGCAUGUGUCUUUAUACAUGUUACCUUAUGUGAUCUAUUUGAAUGGUCAGGUGGUUUAUUGUGUUGUGUCUGUGUCAUUAUCAAUGGUCUACAGUUAGUCAGUGAUGUGGUUGAGGGAUGACGCUGAUUAGCUAUGUGUAACCCAUUUGAAGAGUGAGUGGGUGUAGUUGUUUGUGACGCGUUAUCAACAUUGGGGGGUGUUUUGGGGGAUGUAUAAGCUAAGUAAGGGGAUAUAGGUGUGUUUGAAAGGUUAGGGUUAAGGGACAAAGGCUUUGGGCGUGUUGUUGGGUGUAUUGUGGUAUAAUAGUAUGUGGGUGUAGUUGUGUGUGAUGUGAUAUAAGGGUUAGCCAGAGUGGUGGUAUAUGGUGUGUUUGCUGGAGUUGUAGUUGUGUGUAAUGUGUUAGCAUGGCUAGGGAGUGUUCUAUACAUCAUUGUGGUAGCUGUGUUUGGGAGUGUUGUUGUUGUCGGUGUGCAUACAGGGGUAGGUGGUGUAGCUGUGUGCGCGUUUGCAGAGUUAGGGGGUUUAGUUGCGUGUGUGUUGGUGGGAUAAGGGGGUGCACUUCUAUGUAAUGUUGUAGCAGUGAUAGAAAGUGUUGUUGUGUGUGGUGUGUUUUCAGGCUUAGGGGGUUUAAUAACACAGGAUGGGUUUACAUGGUUUGGAGGAGAGGUUCUGUGUGGUGGGUUUACAGGGUAAGGUUGAGUGUUUGAGGGGUUGGGUUGUGUAUUUGGGUGUCUGGGUGUCUUUGGAUGCUUACGGUGUGUGCGUGGCGUGUUUGGUCUUGUGGCUAUGGCGAUUUGGGGAGAAAGUUUGAGCGGUGUCGGUCGGGGAAUCUUACUCAAGUGAGAUGGGGUCUCAAGGAAGUUGGCAUCUGCACGCCUGGGUUCAAUUGUUGCCUUGGUGACUGUAACCGUUGUUGUGUGUAAGAUGGUUGUGAGGCUGGUUGGCUUGUCUGAGUGUGCAUGUGAAGGUGUGUCUAGGGUUUCUACUGGGUCUCUGCUAGUGGAAUGCAGGGGGUAUGUAGGAUGUGAGGUAUAACUAUUAGUCUGUUUCAGAUCUCCAUUUUGCCAUGCAGGUGGUGGGUUUUCAGGCAGAUUGGGUUUCCUGUCUUUGUUGUUCUGAAUAGGGGGAUUACAGUGGGGGUGGGUGGAUAGAGAGUCUGUGUGUGUCCACUGGCUUUGUGUCCGAUCCCUGUAUGCAAUCCUCAGAGGAGAGAAUGCAGAGUCUCUCUCUUUCUCAGUAUGUGAAGUUGGAAGAUGGUUUCUGUCUGUGAGUGAAGGAGGUGUUUUCAUGGCUGUUGUUCCUUCAGGGCAUGCAGAGGAAGGGCUCUUAUCUCCCAGAUUGGCAGCUCCAGCUCCAUCUCCAGCUCCAGCGACCACAGUCUGUCUCCCUCCACAGUGGCUGCAGAUCCGCUGGGGCAUUUGGAGAGGUGGGAGAGCAGGUGGUCGUUUUGCAUUCCCACAAUAUGAAUGUGCCACAGAAUGUUCUUUAGGUUUUGAUUGGUCCCCUACUCUAGAGGACAUGGUCGAGACAGGCUCCGCCUCAUCACGGCCAUCAAUACAAAUCCCUCCUAUAGCCUCAGAGUCAACUACACUGCCAUUUGUGUAGCGCAUGUCCUGCCUCCCUUUGAGCUUGCUAUUCCCCAUGCCCCCUGAUAAGUGUGGGUUAGUCUUGAUUGCUCGGGCAUAGCAAUAAGUCCCACUUUUCCAUUGGUUGAAGAGCACAUUCUUUGUGAGCUUACUGGAAAUUCCUUCAAAAGUCACACCCUUUUUGAUCUUGGAAUCUAAACUCCUCUGUUUUGAAAGAGCCACUCUUUCUCUGACACUCUUAGUCCGUCUGAUUCCCUCCUCUUCCUUUGGCUCCUUUGGGAUGUAGCCAUUGGAUUUGGGAGUAAUCCUGCUGUCUGAUUGCCUGGGGAAUGGGCCAAUUAGUUGUGUGCCCUGCAGGAUGGGUGGGGCUCUUACACAGGGUGAAGUCUGCACUCCGAUGCUGCACUGGGGACCCCAUGUCAGUGGCAGCACUUCACCGGCCCUUUCCCCUCCUGCUGUCCUCCAACCACGCACCCCCACCAGGGCGGGAACUCCCAGUACUGGCACGGCAGUGGUCAGGUCAGCCGCCCGUCUCCCCAUCACCUGGUCAACUGGCUCAGAGGCCUAAAAUCCCUGGAGAGCUGGUGUCCACCUUUACCAUCACAUCUAUUGGAAAAGUAAAUGUUAGUUUACUGUGAAGAGCACAUUUUCAAAAGUUAUGUUUAUAGUCACUUUGAAUGUUUAUUCUGUGAAAAGAAUAUGUACAGGGGAAGAACAAUUGAAUUCAAACAAAGUACACAUCAAGGACACUGCCAAAGCUGCCCAUAUGCAGCAGAAAUAGAGGACAAGCAGAGGUCUAAAGCUUUGAUAGCAGAUUGGAGAUAGUCAUGAAUAAUGGAUAUUUUGAAGUCUACCACAGCUUAGAACAAAAUAAUAUUAAUAUAGAUGAAUACACCUACACUGGCAAUAGGAGACAAUAUUAUGUGAGAUAAUGUGGGAGAGAUUGUUUAAGUACUGUGAGCUGGGUUGCAGUGCCCUUAUGACAACAAGGUAUCACACAGCAGGACAGGGGGGGGGGUGCAAAACAGUCAAGAAACAGUCAAGCUAAUUGGAGUCCUUCCUAUGACCCUUGUUUACUUUUAGCUCAUUAUAUUCCGAACAUAACAGCAUGGUCUGCCCAGGCUGUGUUUUCUUCAGAGCUCAUACUUCAGACAUCAUCUAGUCACAGCAUGACUCCUGUGCUGACCUCCCUCCCUGUCUCCUCGGUUACCCGUGCCCACACUGGGCAGCCUCUUACACUGUCCUAUCCUCUCCUGCAUUUAGCCCACCUUGGGCAGCAGAUAAUGUAUGCAUUUAUGCUAACGACUUCAUUAAAGCCUGACAAGGGGAAAUUAAUUAGUGGCUGUGUGUGCAUUUAACUGACACACUCACUAUAUGCCAGGGUAGCUGUAUGUGUAUGCGUGUGUGUGUGUUUAUUUUACUGAUGCAUAGAACUACAAUUCAGUGGCCAAAGCAAGGACAAAAGUGUGUGUGUGUGUGUGUGUGUGUGUGUGUGUGUGUGUGUGUGUGUGUGUGUGUGUGCAUGCAUGCAUGCAUCAACAAAAAAAUCACACAGCCCACCCCAACCCACAGGCUUCAUGCAUUGCUGUCAGAAUUACAGGCAGAUCAUCUAUUCAAUUGAGCCUGCAGGCACCACUUUUUGGCUGUCACAUUGUGGAUGUCACUUGGUUACAGUCCAACUGACUCCCAUCUGAUGUCACUCCGGAACAGUCAGUGAAAAAUGCCUUAACCCCUCUUCAGACACAGCUGAUAAAGCUGCCAUUAAUUCCCUAGCACAGGCAAUAGGGGUAAACUGUGUCAUUUCAUCACCAUUAGAUUACUGCUACCUCAUUUAUAUCCAGGACAGUGCAAUAAGAAUCCUGUCCCAUACCUUCACAGUCAAUCUUGACGGGCUCACAUAACAUGUUCAGGUGACUUACCAUUGUUAGCGUUUGUCAAGCCCUGGGUCUAGCUGUGGUUCUUCUCACUUUGUCCUUUAGGUGUUCUGGGUACAGAUGUGGGGGUCACCCUCUCCCCCUUGCCCCCUCACCACCUUGUCUCCCUCCUCUGUACUCCUCUGCUCCAAGUCUUUGAGGAGGGGGGCACUGAGUGACUCUCUUUUGAUAAGGUUGAAUCCCUUCUCCCUUUCAGUCCCUCGGUGGCACACACAAACUCAUAUGCAUAUGCACUAUGCAGGCAAACAGUGGUGCAAAGCCAUAUUCUCUGGUGGUUAGUAUUCAAAAAGCUCUGAGUCACUGCUAAUCUGGCUCCCUCAAACUAGGCAUGUAGUCCAGCUCCGUCCUCAGUUUAUUCCCUCUCUGCUUCUCUUGUUUUGGUCCCUCUCCUCCUUCCUGACUCCCUGCUCACAUCACAGCAACAUGAUACACUGCCCUCCUCUCAGCACACUGUCCAACACUCCAUAUCCCUCACCCUCUUUCUUCGUCCCUCCCUCUCUCUAUCCCUCUUUCUCUCUCACUAUUCCCUCUCUCAUGCGCACACACACAGAUCUAUGGCUGGGUGACGGGAGAGAGAGAGAGAGAGAGAGAGAGAGAGGGAGAGAGAGAGAGAGAGGGAGAGAGAGAGAGAGAGAGAGAGAGAGAGAGAGAGAGAGAGAGAGAGAGAGAGAGAGAGAGAGGUGACUACAAUCACAAGGGAAGGGACUAGGUGAAAAGUACCAUCAGACUUGGAAAACAAGACAUGGCAAACUGCUGCAGGGUAUCCCAUCAUCAGAGGAGACAUGAUCGUUUUCCCAGUGUCUCUCAACAUAUCAUGUGGGUGAUGAGGGUGUUUGACAGCAGUUUCUGUAUAUAAAACUUUAAUGUUUGAUCAGAAGAUUUUGUGAUACAAGAAAAAAAUAAAAAUAAAUAGCUAAUUUGAACUGUUUUUUUUUUGCUAAUGAUAUUCUGGAGGUAAUACUUCUGCCACAGACUGUGUGUGUGUGUCCAUAGAACCUUGUGCUGACAAAAACAGAUCAAAUGUAAUACAGUACCCCUACACAUAAAUACUCUCUCAGAAUAUAAGAUAUUUCACAAUUUGAACAUUUUACAGCCAGAAUUAAUAAUUCACAACAGCAGCUAUCAGGUAAAGCUACAGUGAAAUCCAAUAUACAUCUUCAUAAAAUGAUGUCAUGUUCUCUCUAUGCAGGGAAUCAGGAUUAUACUCUGUUUAACUGAAAAAUUAUUUGAAAUAACAAAAAAGUUAUUUUAACAGUGUGUACAGUGUAACGACACAUUGUUUAACUCUGAGGUAAUUACAGCUUGAUAUCUUAUAAUUUUGUAUUAACCCUUAUUCUGAGUUGUAGUGCAGUCAUGGAUUGUUUAUGGUUUUAUUGGGUAUUGCUGCCAUCUACUGUCUCAAAAUAUACCACCCCACAAACACAUGCUUAUGAUAAGAAGUUAUUUCAAUAUGUUUAAGUUUUAUAUAUCCAUGAAACUCCAGAUAUUGGCCAAUAUAAUAUUGAAUCACACACAAGUGUCACAUUUUAUAGUUUUCAAUCUUGCAUUUUUUAGUGACAGUAAAUUCCAGUUGUCGAUUCAAGGAUUAUCCUCAUCACAACAUGUAUGGUGUUCAUUUCACUUUGGGAAGAGAAGGAAGUACGGUUAUUUGGGUCAUCAGCAAGCCUUUUCAUGCAUACCCCAUCACCCUCCUCCAGAUGAGGUACAGCUGCAUUAGAUGCAAACCUUCUAUAACCAGCAGUAUCAAUUUCAUCAACAUACAAUACUGACUUAUCAUUGAUAUACAGCUGGGCAUCCAUAUAGUUUUCACUGUUACCACAAAGGGUACAUUUGAAGUAGCAGACCAAUCUCACUGGUGCAGUGAAGAAACCUGUAUCAGAGGAAAAUCACAGCGAGAUCAGUCCUCAGUCUCUCGCUAACAUAGAGAUGAGCUCCAGUUUAGCUUUUUAUUAUUCAUACUUGUAAAUACAAUACCUGUAAUUGAGUUGUAGUGGUUUCCGAUGUUAGUGAAGAUGUGUUUGUAGGCCAUAGUGAUUAUAGUGCUGAAGGGCCCUAAUUCUCCACUGAUUCCCAUUGAGGUAGAGAAUGCUACCUUUGGUCUGUCUGUCAAAUUACAGGGACAAUAUACAGUACAACACAUGAGGCAUCAUACGUUGGUUAUUCUUCUGGAUCUUCCUUGUUUCGUAUUUCUCAUGAUGAUUUUUGUGGUAAUAGCUUCCACCAGGUUAGAUAUGGCUUUCAGUAAGCAUACUUCACGCCAGUCCUAUUCAGUUUAGUUUUCAUUAUUUAUCAAAUUGAGACGUAUACUUUACAUGUAAGUCGCUCUGGAUAAGAGCGUCUGCUAAAUGACAAAAAAAAAAAAAAAAAAAAAAAAAAAUGUAGUUGCUGGUCAUACAGGUGUGCAAUCUGACUGGUAUGUAUUUUAAUUAAUGGACAAUAAUGGACCCAACCUAUAUACUGUAUGUCAUCCCAUUAUUUAUAAUAAGUGCUAAUAAUAUUUGCAAUUGUGGUUUGGGGAUGAGACACCUCAUACGAUACAAUAAUUUUACUGUUUUUACCUGCAUUGUCUCUUUUCAGGUAUUUGUAUUUAAUUGGGAUCCCCAUUAGCUUCUGCCAAGGCAGCAGCUACUCUUCCUGGGGUCCAAACACAUUUAAGCAUUUACAUUACAUAUAAAACAAAAGAUAAAACAGUACAUCAUAAAAUAUUAUUACACCACUACAUACAGUGCCUUCGGAAAGUAUUCAGACCCCUUGACAUUUUCCACAUUUUGUUAGGUUACAGUCUUAUUCUAAAAUUGAUAACAUUGUUUUUUGCCCCAAUCUACACACAAUACCCCAUAAUGACAACGCAAAAACAGGUUUUUAGAAAUGGUUGCUAAUUAUAAAAAACGGAAAUAUCACAUUUACAUAAGUAUUCAGAUCCUUUACUCAGUACUUUGUUGAAGCACCAUUGGCAGCGAUCACAGCCUCCGGUCUUCUUGGGUAUGCCGUUACAAGCUUGGCACACCUGUAUUUGGGGAGUUUCUCCCAUUCUUCUUUGCAGAUCCUCUCAAGCUCUGUCAAGUUGGAUGGGGAGAGUUGCUGCACAGCUAUUUUCAGGUCUCACCUCAGAUGUUCGAUCGGGCUCUGGCUGGGCCACUCAACGACAUUCAGAGGCUUGUCCCGAAGCCAAUCCUGCAUUGUCUUGGCUGUGUGCUUAGGGUCGUUGUCCUGUUGGAAGGUGAACCUUCACCCCAGUCUGAGGUCCUGAGCGCUCUGGAGCAGGUUUUCAUCAAGUAUCUCUCUGUAAUUUGCUCCGUUCAUCUUUGCCUCAAUCCUGACUAGUCUCCCAGUCAAUGCCACUGAAAAACAUCCCCACAACAUGAUGCUUCCAUCACAAGCCAGGUUUCCUCCAGACGUGACGCUUGGCAUUCAGGCCAAAGAAAUCAAUAUUGGUUUCAUUGGACCAGAGAAUCUUGUAUCUCAUGGUCUGAGAGUCUUCAGGUGCCUUUUGGCAAACUCCAAGCAGGCUGUCAUGUGCCUUUUACUGAGGAGUGGCUUCCGUCUGGCCACUCUACCAUAAAGGCCUGAUUGGUGAAGUGCUGCAGAGAUGGUUGUCCUUCUGGAAGGACAGAUAGAUAGGUUGUCCUUCUCCCAUCUCCACAGAGGAACUCUAGAGCUCUGUCAGAGUGACCAUCGGGUUCUUGGUCACCUCCCUGACCAAGGCCCUUCUUCCCCGAUUGCUCAGUUUGGCCGGGCGGCCAGCUCUAGGAAGAGUCUUGGUGGUUCUAAACUUCUUCCAUUUAAGAAUAAUGGAGGCCACUGUGUUCUUGGGAACCUUCAAUGCUGCAUAAAUGUUUUGGUACCCUUCCCCUAGAUCUGUGCCUCAACACAAUCCUGUCUCGGAGCUCUACAGACAAUUCCUUCGACCUCAUGGCUUGGUUUUUGCUCUGACAUGCACUGUCAACUGUGGGACCUUAUAUAGACAGCUGUGUGCCUUUCCAAAUCAUGUUCAAUCACUUGAAUUUACCACAGUUGACUCCAAUAAAGUUGUAGAAACAUCUCAAGGAUGAUCAAUGGAAACAGGAUGCACAUGAGCUCAAUUUCGAGUCUCAUAGCAAAGGGUCAGAAUACUUAUGUAAAUGUAUUUAUUUUAUUAUUUUUAUUAUUUUUUUUCACCUUUAUUUAACCAGGUAAGCCAGGUAUUUCUGUUUUUAAUUUUUAAUACAUUUGCAAACAUUACUGAAAACCUGUUUUCGCUUUGUCAUUAUUGGGUAUUGUGUGUAGAUUGCUGAGAAAUUGUUUUUAUUUAAUCAAUUUUAGAAUAUGGCUGUAAUGUAUCAAAAUGUGGAAAAGGUUAAGGUGGCACGUCUUGUGGGGGUAUUCAUGGGUGUCCGAGCUGUGUGCUAGUAGUUUAAACAGACAACUCUGUACAUUCAGCUUGUCAACACUUCUUACAAAAACAAGUAGUGAUGAAGUCAAUCUCUCUUCCACUUUGAGCCAUGAGAGAUUGACAUGCAUAUCAUUAAUGUUAGCUCCCCGUGUACUUUUAAGGGCCAGCCGUGCUGCCCUGUUCUGAGACAAUUGUAAUUUUCCUAAGUCCCAGUUUUACAGUCAUUUUCUUAAUGGGUGCAUGCUUAUUAAUAACUGGAAUAAGCAAUUGCAUAAAUGUGUCAAGUGCAGCGUCUGGUUGCUCCUCAUUACAAACCACAGACCAACAAAUAUUCUUUACAUCAUCAACAUAAGAAUCACUACAAAACUUAUUGUAUGACCUCUUUCUUACACACUAUAUAAGGCCCAGCCUUUGGAACUUUGGUUUUCCUAGAUAUGGCUACUAUAUUGUGAUCACCACAGCCUAUGGAUUUGGAUACUGCUUUAAAGCAAAUUUCUGAAGCAUUAGUAAAGAUGUGAUCAAUACAUGUUGAUGAUUUCAUUCCUGUGCUGUCUGUAACUACCCUUGUAGGUUGACUGAUAACCUGAACCAGGUUGCCGUCACUGGUUACAUUUUUAAGCUUUUUCUUCAGUGGGCAGCUUGAUGAAAGCCAGUCAAUAUUUAAAUCACCCAGAAAAUAUACUUCUCUGUUGAUAUCACAUACAUUAUCAAGCAUUUCACACAUAUUAUCCAGAUACUGACUGUUAGCACUUGGUGGUCUAUAGCAGCUUCCCACCAGAGUGGGCUUUAGGUGAGGCAGGUGAACCUGUAGCCAUAUUACUUCAACAGUAUUUAACAUGAGAUCCCACAGAAUGUGGUUCUGAAUAUAAACCGCAACACCGACCCCGUUGGCAUUUCUGUAUUUUCGGUAGAUGUUAUAACCAUGUACAGUGAGGGAAAAAAGUAUUUGAUCCCCUGCUGAUUUUGUAAGUUUGCCCACUGACAAAGACAUGAUCAGUCUAUACUUUUAUUGGUAGGUUUAUUUGAACAGUGAGAGACAGAAUAACAAAAAAAAUAAUCCAGAAAAACGCAUGUCAAAAACGUUAUAAAUUGAUUUGCAUUUUAAUGAGGGAAAUAAGUAUUUGACCCCUCUGCAAAACAGUUUCUUGAAGUUGGCCACCAGGUUUGCACACAUCUCAGGAUGGAUUUUGUCCCACUCCUCUUUGCAGAUCUUCUCCAAGUCAUUAAGGUUUCGAGGCUGACUUUUGGCAACUCAAACCUUCAGCUCCCUCCACAGAUUUUCUAUGGGAUUAAGGUCUGGAGACUGGCUAGGCCACUCCAGGACCUUAAUGUGCUUCUUCUUGAGCCACUCCUUUGUUGCCUUGGCCAUGUGUUUUGGGUCAUUGUCAUGCUGGAAUACCCAUCCACGACCCAUUUUCAAUGCCCUGGCUGAGGGAAGGAGGUUCUCACCCAAGAUUUGAUGGUACAAGGCCCCAUCCAUCGUCCCUUUGAUGCGGUGAAGUUGUCCUGUCCCCUUAGCAGAAAAACACCCCCAAAAGCAUAAUGUUUCCACCUCUAUGUUUGACGGUGGGGAUGGUGUUCUUGGGGUCAUAGGCAGCAUUCCUCCUCCUCCAAACACGGCGAGUUGAGUUGAUGGCAAAGAGCUCGUUUGUGGUCUCAUCUGACCACAACACUUUUACCCAGUUCUCCUCUGAAUCAUUCAGACGUUCAUUGGCAAACUUCAGACGGCCUGUAUAUGUGCUUUCUUGAGCAGGGGGACCUUGCGGGCGCUGCAGGAUUUCAGUCCUUCACGGCGUAGUGUGAUACCAAUUGUUUUCUUGGUGACUAUGGUCCCAGCUGCCUUGAGAUCAUUGACAAGAUCCUCCCGUGUAGUUCUGGGCUGAUUCCUCACCGUUCACAUGAUCAUUGCAACUCCACGAGGUGAGAUCUUGCAUGGAGCCCCAGGCCGAGGGAGAUUUACAGUUAUUUUGUGUUUCUUUCAUUUGCGAAUAAUCACACCAACUGUUGUCACCUUCUCACCAAGCUGCUUGGCGAUGGUCUUGUAGCCCAUUCCAGCCUUGUGUAGGUCUUCAAUCUUGUCCCUGACAUCCUUGGAGAGCUCUUUGGUCUUGGCCAUGGUGGAGAGUUUGGAAUCUGAUUGAUUGAUUGCUUCUGUGGACAGGUGUCUUUUAUACAGGUAACAAGCUGAGAUUAGGAGCACUCCCUUUAAGAGUGUGCUCCUAAUCUCAGCUCGUUACCUGUAUAAAAGACACCUAUAGGAGCCAGAAAUCUUUCAGAUUGAGAGGGGGUCAAAUACUUAUUUCCCUCAUUACAAUGCAAAUCAAUUCAUAACAUUUUUGACAUGUGUUUUUCUGGAUUUUUUUGUUGUUAUUCUGUCUCUCACUGUUAAAAUAAACCUACCAUUAAAAUUAUAGACUGAUCAUUUCUUUGUCAGUGGGAAAACGUACAAAAUCAGCAGGGGAUCAAAUACUUUUUUCUCUCACUGUAUUGCUACCACUGUAUCAUCAAAGGUAUUAUCUAAGUGAGUUUCAGAGACAGUCAGAAUAUGAAUGUCAUCUGUUACAAGUAAGUUAGGUAGUCCACUAACUUCCCGCUAACUGUCAACCUGGCCUCCAUUGUGGAAAGCUACAUUGAUUGUGCUGAAAUGAUUGACAAUACUGUUUGAGUAAGGGGAUUUCUAAAUGUACAGCCUAAGAUAAAUAUUAAUCAGCAGUCUAUUUCACCUUCAUUGCUUCUCUUCAGAUCUUCCACCUGGCUCUCACUGCUUCUCAGCCUGGCCUCCAUUAAUCAUAAAAAAUACAUAUAUUGUAAUAAUAUCUUGAGGUUAUGCUGACUAAUAAACGCAUAAUCACAAAAUCGUACACUUGUGUAAAAGUGUUAUUGUAUUAUUUACUUGUACCUGCUUUGUCUUUCUCCAUCUUCUCCUGUUAAGCCUCUGCAGCUGUUAUUUUGGUCUCGAUCACUAUGAAAAUACAUGAAUCAAACAAACAAUGACAACGGAAUCAGAAAUAGAAUGAGAAUAAAAUGUGAAAGGGUUGCAUAUUCGUACCAGAGUACCUGACAACAAUUUUUGAUUGGACUAUUUUUUCAAACGUUGACAAUUAUUUGGCCUACCUGUAUUCCUCCUUCAAGUUUCCUCUACUUUACCCUCGCUGGCAUUGAGUCUUGUCUCCAGGCCUAAGGCAACAAAUAUUUUAGUAUUAUUCAUGAAUUCAUGUGAGAAUUAAUUAAGCAUUUUGACCAUUUAAAGUUAUCUUUAUAUUUGACCUGCAUUGCCAUUCCUCAGUUUUACCACUUGGCUCUCACUGUCUUUCAGUCUAGCCUCUGUAUCUAAAACAACAAUAAAGUAAAACAUGCAUCACUUCUCCCUAAAAUAGAUCAUAUUGGCUACAAUAUAAAUGAGAUUUUGGCCAUUCGUACAUGUACAACAUACCUAGACCUGGUAUUUUCAACUCCUCCACCUGACGUUUUGUGACAGCUAUCUCCACUCUCUGAUCCAUCACAAUGUCUCUCAGUUCUUUCAGCUCAGUCCAGAGGUCAAGUGGGUUAGUUGUCUGUUUGUCAUUGGAGGCACCAGCUUCAUUUCUCCCAUUCUGAUCACUCUCUACCUGGCUCUGUCCCUCUUCUUUGAACCCCAUUGUAAACGAGCCAACAUUCUGAUCACUCUCUACCUGGCUCUGUCCCUCUUCAUUGACCCCCAGCUGACUUCCUCAUCAUCUUUCUUCCCCUGUGCCCCACCCAGAGAAGCAAGCAACACCAGAGAUACUACUAAAACCCUGAUCUUCAGUACACUGUCUUACAACCUGCUGGUAAUGAAGUGUCUUGUCUGGGCCUGAACACCUUCUUGCUGACAUUAUGUAACAUCAGCGCUCUGUAAAUGGAUCUAGUAAAAAACAAGGUCAAACCUAAUGAUUAAUCGUGGAGUCCAUCAUAUUAUCUUAGAACAGUUCAACUUUAACAAAGUGCUGUAGGGGAGAAUCAACCUGUGGAAUAUGUCAAGGUCUAGUGUUGUAGUAUCUUUGUUGUAUGUUUGUAGUAUCGUGUCUAUGCCAUGUACAGUAUCUGGUUUUUGAGUAGCAACAGCAUGGAUUAUUGAAAAAUAACUCUUAUGUGAUUCUACAAUAACUAUUUUCCCUGAUUGUCAUUGUCUGUUAGUCUCAUGUUUUCCCUUUGUGUACGCCUCUGCCAACCUGUUCCACAAUUGUACACUAGAUGGCAGUAUUGCCCUACAAAUCAACUGAUUCUGUACAAUGUGAGUGAAUGCAAUAUGAUUAUGAUAGUUUUAUAUGAGUAAGAAUAUAUGAAUUGGAUACAUUUCCAAUAAUAUAAUGUAAGAUCAUUGACCAGUCAUUUAUGGGCCAAUGUAUUCCCAUGAAAAGGUUAUUUGGCUAUACACCAAAUAUGAUUUAUAUUCACGUGAAGCACCCCCCUGUAUAUUCUCACCUCACAGGAUUGACAUUUAUUUAAUCCAAUGUCUGGUUUGAGAUCAAAUGCAUCCUCAAUUAUUUCAAUAAAGAAAAAACAGAAAGUUGUAUCUGUUAAAUUGAGUAACAAAAACAUAAUGGUUCAUUAACACCUGCUCUUUCCAUGACAUAGACUGACCAGGUGAAUCCAGGUGAAAGCUAUGAUCCUUUAUUGAUGAACCCUGUUAUAUUCACUAGAAUCAGUGUAGACGAAGGGGAGGAGAUAGGUUAAGGAAGGAUUUUUAAGCCUUGAGACAAUUGAGACAUGGAUUGUGUAUGUGUUCCAUUCAGAGGGUGAAUGGCCAAAAUAAAAUAUUUAAGUGCCUUUGAACGGGGUAUGGUAGUAGGUGCCAGGCACUGGUUUGAGUGUGUCAAGAACUGCAACGCUGCUGUGUUUUUCAUGCUCAACAGUUUCCCGUGUGUAUCAAGAAUGGUCCACCACCCAAAGGACAUCCAGCCAACUUGACAUAACUGUGGGAAGCAUUGGAUUCAACAUGGGCCAGCAUCCCUGUGGAAUGCUUUCGACACCUUGUAGAGUCCAUGCCCAGACGAAUUGAGUCUGUUCUGAGGGCAAAAGGGGGUGCAACUCAAUAUUAGGAAGGUGGUCUUAAUGUUUUGUACACUCAGUGUAUAUACAGUAGUAACCUCUCUGCCCUAUGGUCCAUAAUGGAACAUACACUAUAUAUACAAAAGUAUGUGGACACCCGUUCAAAUUAGUGAAUUCGGUUAUUUCAGCCACACCCGUUGCUGACAGGUGUAUAAAAUCGAGCACACAGCCAUGCAAUCUCUAUAGACAAACAUUGGCAGUAGAAUGGCCUUAGUGAAGAGCUCAGUGACUUUCAACGUGGCACCAUCAUAGGAUGCCACCUGUCCAACAAGUCAGUUUGUCAAAUUUCUGCUCUGCUAGAGCUUCCCCGGUCAACUGUAAGUGCUGUUAUUGUGAAGUGGAAACGUCUAGGAGCAACAGAACAGGGCCGCAGAGUGCUGAAGCGCGUAGCUCGUAAAAAUCGUCUGUCCUCGGAUGCAACACUCACUACCGAGUUCCAAACUGCCUCUGGAAGCAACGUCAACACAAUAACUAUUCGUCGGGAGCUUCAUGAAAUGGGUUCCCAUGGCAGAGCAGCCAGACACAAGUCUAAGAUCACCAUGCGCUAUGCCAAGCGUCGGCUGGAGUGGUGUAAAGCUCGCUGCCAUUGGACUCUGGAGCAGUGGAAAUGCGUUCACCAUCUGCCAGUCCGACGGAUGAAUCUGGGUUCGGUCGGAUGGCAGGAAAACGCUACCUGACCCAAUGCAUAUUGCCAACUGUAAAGUUUGGUGGAGGAAGAAUAAUGGUUUGGGGCUGUUUUUCAUUGUUCGGGCUAGGCCCCUUAGUUCCAGUGAAGGGAAAUCUUAGCACUACAGCAUAAAAUGACAUUAUAGACGAUUCUGUGCUUCCAACUUUGUGGCAACAGUUUGGGGAAGGCCCUUUCCUUUUCUUGGACAAUGCCCCCGUGCACAAAGCGAGGUCCAUACAGAAAUGGUUUGUCGAGAUCGGCGUGGAAGAACUUGACUGGCCUGCACAGAGCCCUGACCUCAACCCCAUCAAACACUUUAGGGAUGAAUUUGAACACUGACUGUGAGCCAAGCGUAAUCGCCCAACAUCAGUGCCCGACCUCACUAAUGCUCUUGUGGCUAAAUGGACGCAAGUCCCUGCAACAAUGUUCCAACAUUUAUCGGAAAACCUUCCCAGAAGAGCGGAGGCUGUUUUAGCAGCAAAGGUGGGACCAGCCCCAUAUUAAUGCCCAUGAUUUUGGAAUUAAAUGUUCGACGAGCAGGUGUCCACAAACUUUUGGUCAUGUAGUGUAGAGCCACAUGUCAUUGUUGAUUUGUAUAUCGGGUUGAUGCUGCGGAAUUGACAACUGUGAAGAGGGAGGGUAUGGAAGGUUCAGUUAAUAUCUGAGUUUUAGAAUGUGUGUGUGCAUGUUUGUGUGUGUUUAUGUGUGUGUGUGUUUGUGUGGCAGAUCCACAACUAAUUACCAUAGCCUAGUCCCCAUGGUAAGCCAUGUGAGUGUUAAUUGAAGUACAUUGUUGUGUUUUAAGUAGGCUGGAGUACUUUUCUGUGUUUGCUGCAUUUAUUUACCUCACCGUUUCCUGAAAUCUCAGUGGCCAGCAAGUGGGACUAUGGGGAGAGACUUCUCUCCAGAACAUGGUUUUCACAUUUAUGUAGAUGGAUGGGUUUUAACCAGACAGGGAUUGAGUGAGAGGUCAUCUAUAAAACAUGACCCCUUGGGGUCCCAAUGACUUCUGCAUGGCUUCUCUCACUCCUGGGCUGUUGAAGUUAUGUUUAGCAAGUCUCUUUCAAGAAACCGUUCACCACCUGGUCUCUUUUUAUGAGUCCAUGUGAGGCUUCCAGUGCAUUAAAGUAAUAAACUAAUGAAUAUGAUGAUUCAAUAAAUCUUUAUUAUCCAUGAAGGGCAAUGUGUCUGUAGCAGAAAAACAUAAAAACAAACACAGGACCAUUUGAACAACAAAAACAAGUACCAGGGAAAUGGGAAGGUAAAAAAAGCAAUUAUGAAAAAUUAUGAAAAGAUACUACACUAUGUCCAGCUGCUUAAUACAAGUAAAAUACUAAUGCAAUCAUUAAUGCAACAUUAUUACUUUUUGCUUGUAUGGAGAUGCUUAUAUGUAUUCAGACAAACUAACACAAAGGAGAGUGCAUUGUAACAUGCAAACACUGAAAACAUCUUCCUAUGGGCUGAGAGGGCCUGAGAGGGGCCCAUGUGGUGGGAGAGGACACUGCCAUGCCAUCUGUGUGUGUUGGAGUUGCGAUUAAUGAUUCUGUUUAGUGUGAGCAGGGCCGCUCUGUGCUUGGGCUUGUGCCAGACCUUUAGAAUCUGCUCAACUCUUUUAGUUGGGCCAGCUGCACUCACAUUCAUUUGUCCUAUUGGCAGAAGCAUGGCAGUGCUGCUAAAUUGCCAGCUUCUCAUCAAGAAGGCCUUGAAGCUACAGCCACUCCUAACAGCCUGUUUGUUUAUUACAAAGCCCUUACAGCCAUGGCUUCCAGAAACAUGUUUCAUUCAUGACAGGAAACUGGGGAAUACUAAUCAGAGUGCAGGUGCUUCUCAACAGGUUACAGAUUGACAGAUAGAACCACAACAUCCGCAUGGAGUGUUGAGGGCAAGUUUUCUAUAUAAACUCACUGUGUGUAUGUGCGUGCAUAUGUGUAUGUCAAUAGUGUGUAUAUGGGUGCUGUCUGAUGAUGCCCAGCAUGCAUGAGCAGAGCUGAACGGAACAUCAGGCGUGUGGGAGAGGUGUUUUGUGGGUAGUGCCGAGGGGAACAGGGGGGGUCACAGAACCCUCUCUACAGUGCACAUCUGAGUAGAUGAGUGCUUGACUGGAGGCCCUUCUGCAUUUUUUAUCCACAGCCAGUAAAAUAUUCAGAGCUGUGAGUCUGGAGGGGGCCCAGGGCCAUAUGCACCUGUGAAGGAGGAAGAACAGGUCCCAUAGAGAGUCAUAAUUAAGUAAGACACAGGGCAACUGUGAGAGCAUGUGUGCACACACACACAUACACACACACAUACAUACACACACGUGGAUGGCGCUCUAAGAGAGAUUGUGUAGAUACAGAAAGAUAACAAGCGGGCAAAGGUCUAAUGACCCAGUUUAAACCUUACAUUCGCAGAGCACUCCUUGUAGGCUUCUCAAAGUUAGGAAUGACCCACCCUGGUUUUCUGGGUGUGUCAGAAGACUGCCCUGUAAGCAAAAUGACGUUGAAAAUACGUCUUUAAGACGUUUUUUUCCAGAUGUUUACAUCACGUGCAUUUCAGAUGCUGAAUAAAAGGUUAGAAGACAUAUUUUCCGGGGAUGAAAAUAUGUCUUAUACAGACGUUGAAAAGACGUCUUACACGGACGUCAAUAACACGUAUUUUCUGAAAAUACGUAUGUUUUGGAUGUUGAAAUCAGGUGCAUUUUAGGUGCUGAAUGAAAGGUAAAAAUACAUAUUUUCCAGACUUUGAAAAUAUGUCAUUUACAGACAUUGAAAAGACCUCAUUGGCCCUGCCCUCUCUGGCUAUCCCUACCUGGGCUCAGGAGAUCUCAGACGACCAGUGGAAGGACAUGGUCCAGCAGACGCUCCAGACUCGCAUCAGAAGGCCUGAUGCGAGAGCGCAAAUAAGACUGAAUUGCCUCCUUCCCACAGUUUGUCUUUAACUGUGCCCUGCAUUUCACCAUCACACUUGCCUCAGGGGAGUCUGAGCUGAGGUCCUUUGAGUGGGUCAUGAGUCCUAGGUGUCUCAAUUCUCAAGAGAUGAGAGAUUGUGAAAACACCUCUAUGUCCAAUUCCUAUUAGAUUAGGACACCUCUCCUAAAUAUUUGUGUUUGAAAGGAGCCUCUGGGUACUCACUACUCCUAACCUAGAGGGCGGCAGGUGGCCUAGUGCUUAAGAGUGUUGGGCCAUUAACCGAAAGGUCGCUGGUCAAAUCCCCGAGCCUAGGUGAAAAAUAUGUCAAUGUGCCCUUGAGCAAGGCACUUAACCUUAAUUGCUCUGGAAAAGAGUGUCUGCUAAAUGACUGAAAUGUCUCUUUCGGUCAAUGAUUCUAUGGCCAAAUUUCAACUGCUCUACAUUCUCAAGUAGGCAAGCAUUAUAUCACUAAUAUUUGUAUCACACCUUUUAAUAGAAAAUAGGAGUCAACUGAAGAUUGCAGCAAAAUAUGUAUUAUAUCUCCCAUCUAUCACAUGCACCUAUGUUAGCUUUUUGAAAAGCUUUAACAUCUGCUAAAUGACUAAAAUGUAAUAACAUUCUGAGUAUAAAAACAUUUCUUACUGUGAUAUGUUGUUGUUUAUCUACCUUAGUUGAAUGCACUGACUGUAAGUCACUCUGGAUAAGAGUGUCUGCUGAAUGACCAAAAUGUAAAUGUAAAAACAAACACCUGCAAAGCAUACUGGGUAUUAUUCUAAUGAGCUCCUCCGCCCUCAAACAAGUACACAUUUGGUCGGUGCUGACCAGAACCAAUCUGAACCAAUCAUAGACGUCUAUGUUUUACAAGUUUAAACAUCACAGUACAGUACGGCACAGUUUAGUACAGUAGAGCACAGCAGAAAACAGAAGAGUACAGUACAAUACAGUACAGUACAAUACGGUACGGUACGGUACAGGACAGUAAAGUGUUAUUCAGUAGAAUACAGUACAUUACAGUAUGGUACAGUACAGUAGAGUUUAAUUCAUUAGAGUAGAGUACAGUAGAGUACAGUAAAGUACAGUACAGUAUAGUUGAAUUCUGUAGAGUUGAGUACACUGCAGUUUAAUUCAGUAGAGUACAUUAGAGUAAAGUAGGGUACAAUACAGUACACUGUACGUUGCUUUUCUUUACUUUACUGUACUCAAGUGUGCUCUACUGUAUUGUACUGCACUCUACUCUACUCUAUUGUACUAUACUAUACUGUUUUUUACUGUACGGUGUACUGUAAUGUACUUUACUCUGCUGUGCUCUACUGUGCUGUGCUGUCCAAACAUGGGAAACACCAAAUCUGAACCAAUUAUUAACGUCUAUGUUUUGGCUAAAUCAAGGCUGGUCCGGACCGGACCAAAUCUGAACCAAUUAUAGAUGUCUAUGUUUGGGCUAAAUCAAGGCCGGAGCGGACUGGAUCAAAUCAGAACAUCAAUGUUUAGGCCAAAUAUAGGCCGGUCUGGACCGGACGUCUGUGGACGUCUAUGAUUGGUCGGUGGACGUUGAAAUCAAGGAUGCUCCUGACCGCAAAAAAAAGAUGUCCUAAAGACGUAGCCUGACGUCAAAUGCUUAGUGGGUGGUUCAUACUCUUCCAACCCAGCACAUUUAUGAAAUAAUGUAAUGGUUAACUAAGACGUGUUUUAAAGGAGAUGACUGAUGUUUAGAGUAUACUGUAAACUGAACUAGCUCUAAGAAUAUUUUUCCAAUGAGAGGUUUACUAGUUCCACUGGUGUUGCUGCUCUGUCAGUUAGGAGCACCUGAGAGCUUUCUAAGUGAAGAUGCAUCCUCUGACACACAGACCACCCUCCGACCUGAUAUCUGGUCUGAGCUGAGAGAUCUGAGAGACAUGGUGGUGCUGCAGAGAGCAGAGCUGAGCUGCACCACGGCUGAACUACGAGACACUAAGAACCAGAUGGAGGGGCUGAAAACAGAGAUCUCAGGUGAUAACAGAAUACUAUGUCCAAUUUGCCCACUAUCAGUUGACUGAGUAAGUCAUACUCAGAUGAAUUUCCAUUGUUGACAUGAAAAUUAUUUCAUUUUGUUUUAGUCAUGGAGUCCAGGCUGAUGAGUUCUGAAGGACAACUUGAGGCAGUGAAGACAGACAAUGCAGGUAAAAUGUACAAUUGAAUGUCAGUUUGUUUAGUUAGUAUGGUCAUGACAAUAACGAUAGUAAAUGUAGCCAUAGAAACCAGGCAGAAUAUGAAUACCUUAUUAUCUAUGUUGGUAAUGAUCAAGACUAUAAUGCUUUCCCCCUGUUGCAAAUGUGUGUGUUUUGCAGCCAUAGUGAGCAGACUAACAUCCGCUGAGAGUGAGGUUGACAGACUACAGAAGGAGAAUACAGGUAAAACAGAAAUGGAAUGAUGGUACUUUGUAAUAAUAUGUAAUGUGACUGAUUACUUUCUUCCCUUCCAUUUGUAAGUGUGAAAAAGUGAAUCAUUUACUUAUAAAUAAUUGUAUUCACCUCCAUUGACAGAUAGACCCAAGGUGGCAUUUUCAACCUCUUUUGGAAAAACUGGACAGCAUGGGCCAUUCCACACUGCCACCACCGUGGUCUUCAAGAACAUAUUCUCAAACACUGGCAACCACUACAACGAAGCUACAGGUACUGUACUGUCUUCGUUUAGUGUAGACCAUUUACUCAAAUAUAUAUGCAUCUAAAGUUUAAAGAGCCUGCAAAAGAGAGAAGGCAGCUCAAUUUUGACAGUACCCACUGGGCACAAACUGGUUGAAUCAGCGAUGUUUCAACGCAAUUUAAAAUGUCUAUGUUUAAAAUACAUUGGAUUUGCAAAAAGUCAUCAAAGUAAACUGCUGUUUUGAGGGUGACAUUUCAGCCACAAAUGAUGUUAUCAUGGUAACCAAUUUUCAGCAUAGACACAUUUUCUAUAAAAUAUGUUCAAUUUGUACCUUUAAAACAACGUCAGCUCUUCAACGUUAUAUCCAAUAUCAAAAAAACUAAUAAUAGGCUGGGCAACACCUCCUACUGGAGAGUUGAUCUACAACUAUUAAUUUGGUCUCCCAUCCAGGGUUUUUUAUCCUGAGAAUGAUUAUUGAGAGAACACUUAAUAAUAACUAAAUAUAUUCACUGUUGCUAUCAAAGUCAUUCCAAAGAGUAGGUUUAACAAAGCAAAUUAAAUGCAACCAUACUUUAUAAGUCAUAUAUCAUCAAUUAUACUAUUUAGGCCUUUAUAGCAUUUGCAAAGUCAUCCUCAGCUAUUGUUUCAAUUCAACCCAGGGUUCAACUAAAAAUACACAAUAAUAUAAGCCAAGCUUUGGCUGAUUUCAAAUGUAAUCUUCAAGUUAAUCAUUAAUAUGUUGGAUUCACAUUUCCAUCUCAACCAAAAAUAUAAGUUAAAGAAUAGGACUAAAUCAAAUCAAACUUUAUUUAAACUCUUAAGAUUGUAUUUUUUGGUUACGAUGGAGAUGUGAACCCAUGGAAUCUGUUGACAACCAAACACAAUUCAAUAUCACUUUUGCAACACAGUAAAUAGCCUAUUAUCGACAAGUUAUGAAAUGAUAUGUUGCAUUCACGUCUCCAACUAAAGCAAAAAUAAAAGGUAAAGAAUAGGAUUAAGCCAGUAGCUCAGAUUAAACUAUACACGCUUUAGAUAUUCUUUAAAUGUUGAUAUUUGGUUGUGUUGUCAACCAAACACAAUUCAAUAAUAUUUUUGUAAUACAUCAAUUCACCUAAAGAUAAGGCUAUCUUUCAAACUAAUGUAACAGUAGUUAUUCAACCUUAAAAUGAUUAACACAUCCAUGGCCACAUUGAAGUUAGCCUACAGUAACUAUAAAUGUCUUAUGUAAUCAUAAAAGCGUGCAUGUUCAAGAUAGCGUUCAAAGGUCGAAGGUCUGUGGAGAUCUUCACAAUUGCUAUAAUAAUCUGUACAGAAUCUUGACCAGCAUUGAUCACUUUCACCAUGUACUUUUAAUGUAAUCUCAUCUGCAAUCCAGGUUAUUUGGUUCUGCCAUUAGAUGAAGCACAGUGAUAACACAUUAAGUUGUUGUAUUAAUACAAAAUAUAUAUUGAAUUCCCAUUUGAACUUUGUUGUGCUUUUAAAUGGUUGAAAGCGCAGUGAUAACACAUUCAGAUGAUAACUAAACCACAAAUCAGACAUUGUUUUUCCACUGGAAUUUGGUUGUGCUUUUAGACGGUUGAAAGCACAGUGAUAACAUGCAGGGAUUUCAACAAACUUCUGGCUGUCUUUUUGAGUGGGUGAAUAAACAUUGAAAUCUCAUUGAUCAACAUCUCAGCCAAAUAUUACCCAAAUUUCCACAUUGAAAUGAUGUGGUGUGGCCAGUGGGAGGGAUGCUGUGGAGAUGGUUAUGUGAUACUGUUUAGAGUAGGAUGUGACAGGGAGUGAUUAGAGAUGAGUUAUGAAGAGAGUCGGGGGGGAACCCAAUCAUAAAGGCACCCCGUGCUACUCUAAAAUAAACAAUCAAUAUACAAUUUUACAACCAUCACGCAAUACAUAAUUAGUUUGUAAUGAACUGGUAGAAUAUUAAUAGAGCCUUUGAUGAUGGUGUCCUAAUGGUGUCACAUGUUUCUGUUCAAGUUUAGUAUGUUGUGUUGUACAAUCAGUAGAAUACAGUUUAUAUGGUUUAGUAUUGACUGAGGUCUGUACUGUAUUGACUGAGGUCUGUACUGAUCCCUCCAUGACUCUCCUCUCAUCCAGGUGUCUUCACAACACCGGUGAGGGGGGACUACUACUUCAGCUUCACUAUUGGUGCAUAUCUCCAAUCCACUGUUAUGGGCCUAACACUGUUCAAGAAUGAACAACAAAUAAUUCAUACAGGGGAGUGGGGUAACCAUGGGCAGUUUAGGCAUGCAUCCAAUACCGUCAUACUACAGCUAGAGGUGGGAGAUAUAGUUUUUAUGCAACUCCCUGCAAACUACAGGAUUUUUUAUGAUUUACAUCACCGUAACACUUUCGCUGGCAUUCUGCUCUACCCUGUG